GCACAAUGACAUCCUGCUCCACACUCGUUUGACCUUCCAGAGGCAAUGACUGUAGGAUCCAGCGACGCAGCUCAUUUUCGUCGUAGCUGACGGCGACUCCGUGACCAUGGGCUUGUGUCUUGAAGCCUUACUUCGGACGCUGUCAGCUCAUCAGAUUCGCUCCGUAAUGCUCAACAUGCUACGGUGAAGGUAUCAUAAGAGAUGUAGGCUCACGCACAGGCAGUCGUUGCUAGAAUAACAAAAUGGCUAUCACACCAUACUCAGCUCCUGCCACGUCUAAUGCAUCUCCGGUCAUAGGCGAAGUCAACGACGAAACAAGAUGGCCUCCUUACAACCCUCGUCGCAAACCGGGACAAAUGGUCUGAGUAAUCACUGGAGCAGUUUUCACUGGAGCAAACCGAGGACCCGGACUCGCCAUGACCACGACUCUUACUCUACUGCUUGUAUUCGAGACCGAGAUAUUGACCUCUUUGCCUGUAGGGCAUGACAGCUACGUGAUGCCUAUCGAAACCGACGCUCCCAUCCCAUAUCACGCUGAGGCUACUGUUGAGACCGUUAAAAACUGCCACGGCUACGACCAUGUGGAUGUCGUGAUAGCGAACAGUGGCAUCAGCGAUUGCUACGCUUCUGCUGCUGAGACACCUCUGGAGGCUUUGCGUAACCAUUUCGAAGUCAACAUUUUAGGUCCUCUCGCUCUUCUCCAAUCUUUCAUACCCUUGCUUCUGCGGGCCUCGAAAUCCAAGUAUGUUGCCAUGAGUACGGGUGUUGCAAGCCUGAGCGACAUGGGGGCCACGGCACUGAUGCCAGUCACUACUUACGUAGCGAGUAAAGCUGCGGUGAACUUCAUUGUCAGGAAGAUACAUUUUGAGAAUGGGAAGGUGUGUAGUUGGGUGUUGAGUCCUGGUUGGGUGAGGAUAGAGAUGGGUAAUCAUGGUGCUGAGUCGGUCGGGAUGGAGAUAGCACCUGUGUCGUUGGAUCAGAGCGUCGAAGCUAUACUCGAGAAGAUUGACAACGCGACUAGAGACGAGACAUCAGGCACCUUCCAAUCCUUCGACAACACCAAGCGCCAGUGGUAAUUUCUUCACUCCAACUCAAUGCAAAGCAAUCCUCGAUCUCAGCCCAGAGUCGAACCCUGACCCCCUCUUUUAUCACGUCUAUCCUUAUACAUUCCCCAAAUUCAUUUAUUACCGUCAGUCCUCUGUUUGGUGUAACGGCUUAACCACUCAACACUCACAAAACCAAAAAAAGAGCCUCUGCCCCAAAAUGUACGUCUUGAAUAGCAUUACGCAGCUGAUGACCGACAUCAGUGACUCAGAUCAUGGACGAGUGGAAGGCCUUUCUAAUACUGAGGUAUUAGUUUUGCUAUUUUGGGUUGUGAUUUUGCUCUUCGUUGUUGUUGUUCUCUCGUCG